GUUUUAUUCAUAUGUUAUUGUAACUGUCAUGGCAAUUUCAUCACAUCAAGGAGUGUCUGUUUGAAUCAGGGGGUAGGGCUUCAUUUCCUUCUUUCUGUGUCAUUUACUCGACUGACAAUGGUGAGUAGCUGCUUUUAAGUGCUUCUCUUUGCCAUUAUUUUAUAUCUUUAUGAUUAAUUUCUACAUUGCUAAUUUAAUGUAAUGUCAGUGUAAUUGUUGUAAUGUGCUGUGUAUUAUUUCUGAUUGCAUCAGGCUACUAACGUAAACAGGAGGACAUCGACAGAAGAUACAAAGAGGUGAGUGAGCUGAUUUACUGAAACACAAGUUGUUAUUGCUGCAUCCUGCUUUUUUAUUCAAAUAUUUAAUUUUUUAUUAUUUUAGAGAAGAAGAGUUUCUGAAAAAGAAACUAUCUUUCAGAAGGAGUGCUUUCCUGCUUAUCUGUAAAAUGGUGACUCUGACUGUAGAACACCCUACACUGCUUUUGGAUGAGAUUCUUCACAGCAUCUUCUUUUUUGGAAAGUUAGACGAUCCAGAAUUUUCCCCAGAAUCUCUUGUGAAUGAUGAUAAAGAACUCAGGGAAAUGUUGAAGGACCACUACCCUCGGCCUUUUGACCUCUAUUCCUCUCAAGUACCCAAGCGGAGUCCAUUCUCAUGUGUGCUGGACAUGAUUGUUCACCUGCAUGGACAAAAGAAUGACGAAAAGGAAAUAAUAAAGACGCUGCAAGACUUCAUCAAGAAACUGGAGAAAGAUGGAUCAAAUGGCCUGGUCCCCUCCACCAUCUGUGUCUCUCAAAGCAACAUCCCAGAAUCAGUAAAGUACUACGGAGUCUCCAUGUCCAGUUUAGGCCUUAAGCCCGGGAGAAUCAUGGUUGCCGCGUCCUGUCUUAGCAGCUGGGACAGUAAGGUGGCUGAUGCAGUGAUGACCUACAAACAAAAUAAGAAAAAGAAUUUGGAUUUUGAUGGGACCGUCAAACUUCAACCGUAUGUCAGGUGCCAGGCGUUUAGCAUCCGUGACGGAACAGAAAAGCCUCCUUGUAAAUCCUGUGGGAAUUUGUUUGGUUUGGAAACAAAUGAAAAAAAAGAGUGGGCCUAUGGCAACUGUGCCGAGGCUGAAAGUUUGAGCAACUUGCUUAAAAAUGAUGAACAGGUUAGAGAGCAAGUACAACCAACAUCUGAGACGUGCACAGAUGUGAACAGGGAGAAGGUUAAAGAGAGUGUCUUGAAAGAACUUAAAAGUUUUCUGGGUGUGAUUUUCUACGACCCAAGAGUUUGAUCUUAAAAGGGGGGAACAUAUCGAGUACAAUUCUUGUGGUCCUUUAUUAUAAAGUGACCAGGUUGAGCUCUUUUGAUAUGAUUCUUUAUCAGUAAAAACUUCACUGUAACCCUCUAGGCACUGAAAUUUGUACUUUUUUGUGGAUAUCACAUUCAUGUGAUGUAUUGAUCACAAUAAAAUAACAGUGA